CCAGAAACCCGCCCCCAAAGCUCUGGCCCCGAUCGGGGCAAACUUCUUUAUGCUGCCCUCUCUGGUUCCCCAAAGCCGGGGAGUUUAGAGGUGGUGAAUGGGAGAAGGAGGGCUCGGGGUGCGGAGAGAGACGAGCGGAAGCUGGUCUCACCCGCAGAGAGCUCCACGCGGGUGGACUCAACCUACUCAUUCUGAAGAACGCUUACUAGUGCUUUGGCAGAGAAUAAAAGGAGCCGCGCAGCCAUAGGAAGCCCCACGCACAGGUCUUUGUACCUUCUGCCUGGUGGCUUAUUUGAAAAGAAUCCAAACAGUGCUGCCUAGAGAGGGGAGCCUUUCUGGAUUUGGGCAGUUCUCUUGUGCAGACAGUGAAAGGCGUGAGAGGAAAAAGGCGCCCUGGCCAAGGCUGGGAUCCAAUAGCAGAGGCCGCAGAGCACGGGUGUAGAAGGCAGGGGCACCCUGAGCAUUCCGGGCCAUUAAAGACACCCACGAGGGGAAAGGGGUUAACAGUGAGCUCCAGAGUCCGCAUAGGUGGGACUGUCAUUCUAGCACUGUUGCCUUGGGGAACCCUGGAUCUGACCUGACUCAGAACUGUGGCCUUGUGGCCCAGAUGGGGGCGCCACUGGCCUGGCUGAGCCUGGCCAGCGAGGCCUGCGUGGGCUCCUGUACAGGCACCUGUUGGGCCACUGCUCUCAGAGAUGUCCUGUGAGACUAUCUAGGCUUCUAGAACAUUCCAUGAGGUAAGCUGGACAGAAGAUGCUGGACUUCCUGCAAGCCUGGUCACCGCUGGAUCCCACCGCUUGAGCUGAGAAGGGAAGUGUGAGUUUCCAGCCGAUUUGGAAACGAUCACGGCCUCUCUGCUCAGUGUCUGAACUUUAUAAGGAAAGACCCCCACUUGCUCCCAUCUUGCCAUGGCAGUAGAGACAUCUGUUGGGGCCCUGUGAUCCCUUGAUGACCACGAGACAGCAAGAUGAAGCCGCUGGAGAAAUGGGUGUUCCUGGCCUAGAGAAGUGCCCAGAACAGAUUGGCCACCCUGUCCACACAGGGCAGACCCACUUUGGGUGGGUACGUAGGGAGCCGAGGAGGAACUCUGCUAAAGCCCUAGAGCUGCCUGUGAGCAUGCGAGGGGCACGCAUGGAGGUGGCAUGUCUGUGUGCGCGAACGGGGGGACUGACUAUCAGUGAGACCAGCCGGCCUGUGAGCUCUGUCCCUGAAGAUGUGUGCUCUUGGACGGGAGACCGGAGGAGCGAACUCUGCACGCGUGCCAAUGGGGUGCCCGCGAGUACAGGGUCCCAGUUACUUGAAGGAUAAGGCUGCACUGCCCCGACGUCUGUGGAAGCUUCUCUCUCCUUCUGAGCUUCUCUGGACUCCUUACAGCACACGAUACAGAGUUUCUCUUUCCUAAGAUGGAGUCAAGCAAAAAGAUGGAUGCUGCUGGCACACUGCAGCCUAACCCGCCCCUAAAGCUGCAGCCUGAUCGCAGUGCAGGGUCCGUGCUCGUGCCAGAGCAAGGAGGCUACAAGGAGAAGUUUGUGAAGACAGUGGAAGACAAGUACAAGUGUGAGAAGUGCCGCCUGGUGCUGUGUAACCCGAAGCAGACGGAGUGUGGGCACCGGUUCUGUGAGAGCUGCAUGGCCGCCCUGCUAAGCUCCUCCAGUCCAAAAUGCACAGCGUGCCAAGAAAGCGUCAUCAAAGACAAGGUGUUUAAGGAUAAUUGCUGCAAGAGAGAGAUUCUGGCCCUUCAGAUCUACUGUCGGAAUGAAGGCAGAGGUUGUGCGGAGCAGCUGACUCUAGGACAUCUGCUGGUGCACCUAAAAAAUGAAUGUCAGUUUGAAGAACUUCCCUGUCUGCGUGCCGACUGCAAAGAAAAAGUCCUGAGGAAAGACUUGCGGGAUCAUGUGGAAAAGGCCUGUAAAUAUCGCGAGGCCACGUGCAACCACUGCAAGAGCCAAGUGCCCAUGAUCACACUGCAGAAACAUGAAGACACGGACUGUCCCUGUGUGGUGGUAUCCUGCCCUCACAAGUGCAGCGUUCAGACCCUUCUGAGGAGUGAGUUGAGUGCACACUUGUCCGAGUGUGUCAAUGCCCCCAGCACCUGUAGUUUUAAGCGCUAUGGCUGCGUUUUUCAGGGUACAAACCAGCAGAUCAAGGCCCACGAGGCCAGCUCCGCAGUACAGCACGUGAAUCUGCUGAAGGAGUGGAGCAACUCCCUGGAAAAGAAGGUUUCCUUGCUGCAGAAUGAAAGCGUUGAGAAAAACAAGAGCAUACAGAGCCUGCACAAUCAGAUCUGCAGCUUUGAAAUUGAAAUCGAGAGGCAGAAGGAGAUGCUUCGAAACAACGAGUCCAAAAUCCUUCAUCUGCAGCGAGUCAUAGACAGCCAAGCAGAGAAACUGAAAGAACUCGACAAGGAGAUCCGUCCCUUCCGGCAGAACUGGGAGGAGGCAGACAGCAUGAAGAGCAGUGUGGAGUCCCUCCAGAACCGUGUGACUGAGCUAGAAAGCGUAGACAAGAGUGCAGGGCAGGCAGCUCGCAACACAGGCUUGCUGGAGUCCCAGCUGAGCCGGCAUGACCAGAUGUUGAGUGUUCAUGACAUCCGCUUGGCCGACAUGGACCUGCGGUUCCAGGUCCUUGAGACCGCCAGCUACAACGGUGUGCUGAUCUGGAAGAUCCGUGACUAUAAGCGCCGGAAGCAGGAGGCUGUCAUGGGGAAGACCCUGUCUCUCUACAGCCAGCCUUUCUACACAGGUUAUUUUGGCUAUAAGAUGUGUGCCAGGGUCUACCUGAAUGGGGACGGAAUGGGGAAAGGGACGCACUUGUCGCUGUUUUUUGUCAUUAUGCGUGGAGAAUAUGAUGCUCUGUUGCCAUGGCCGUUCAAGCAGAAAGUGACGCUUAUGCUGAUGGAUCAGGGGUCCUCUCGCCGUCAUCUGGGAGAUGCGUUCAAGCCCGACCCCAACAGCAGCAGCUUCAAGAAACCCACUGGAGAGAUGAACAUCGCCUCCGGCUGCCCAGUCUUUGUCGCCCAAACUGUUCUAGAGAACGGGACGUAUAUUAAAGAUGAUACAAUUUUUAUUAAAGUCAUAGUGGAUACCUCGGAUCUGCCUGACCCCUGACAAGAAACCAGGGAGGUAGAUUCAGCAGAAGGUAACUCCUCUGGGGGGGGUUGAACCGGUCUGUCUUCAUGAAGGUCCUCGCCCUCAGAAAGGACCUUGUGGGACAGAGGAAGCAGCCGGAGGAGGAGGAGGAGGUCGAGUGGCUGGCAGGAGAGCCACAUGUGAAAACAGACCCCGACGGAUUUUCUAAUAGACUAGCCACACUCACUCUGAAGAAUUAUUUAUCCAUCAACAAGAUAAAUACUGCUGUCAGAGAAGGUUUUCAUUUCAUUUUAAAAGAUCUAGUUAAUUAAGGUGGAAACAUAUAUGCUAAAGAGAAACAUGAUUUUCUUCCUUAACUUAAACACCAAAAAGAGAACACACAUGAAGGUAGCUGGUGUGUCAGCAUGUUAACUUACAAGGAGAACUUAUGAAUAAUAACACAAUCCCAAUAUAUUCAUCCUAAAAUCCAAGAGUGCAAUCUUGUUUCAAAUAUAGUAUAUUGUCUAUUUUUAAGGCCUCAUCUGGUCGCUGUUUUAAUAAUUUGUUUGUCAGAAGACCCUGAGUAGGCACAAGGUCUCUAAAUUCAGAAGUCAUUUUUAAUUUAAAGUUCUACAAAUAAUUGUUACUGCAAACAUUUUGUUUUAAAACGUUGAUAGACUGAUAUUUCUUGGAAGAAAAUGUAAAAUAUCAAACACUGGUUAUCACUUGUGAUAGGAAAGAGAAUAUUCAACCUGCUGUUAUUUCUCGUUAGAAAUGUAACCCUUCGAUAUCUGUCGUAGUUAGUGACACUACUUCACAAUGACUAUGAGAGGGACAAUGCUCAUGGAUGCUGUGCAUCAUUUCAGACUUACAAUUGUUUUCACCCUAAAAUAGGGCAUUAGUUGAACUUUGGAGUUCUAAACAAAAUCCUAUAGGUUUUUACAAUUCUGCCCCAUGUUUAGACAAGCUCUGUUGCUGACAGCACCAGCCUAGGUCUCCAGUGUUGGUGUCCGGGGAUAGGCAGGUGAGCUGUGCUGCAGGCAGGAGGCCCCAGCGAGCAUCCCAUCCUGUCAUACUGCUGCAUCCAGCUGGCGUGCUCCAAAAGCAACAUCCGUGCUCAGAGAUGGUGGCAUACGGUACAUGUGCCUUAGAUGUGAUGUGCUGCUUCUCGUCCCUGGGUUUGCGUUCACCAUGGUUCUAGAAAGUGAUAGUCUAACCAGAUCUCUCUCUCCACCACCAGAUCUUUGUCUCUACCAGGGCCCUCACACAACUCUGAACUUGCCUGGGGAAGCCAGGCCUCCGUUGGCGGCUUCUGAAUCCUUUGCUGCUAACUAUUCACAGAUUCCAACCAUAGGCCCCAAGAGCAGCUCAGCCCCACUCCAAGGGAGGGAGGUGUGAGCGGAAGCCACACCCUUCCAGGUCUCUCCGAGGGCCCUGAAAUCCCCACAGCAUGAAGGAGUAGCGCCCUGCCCCAAGCAUUCCGGAGACCACUGGUCUGGGGCCUGCCCUGGCUGGCAGCAGCAGCCCUGGCCUCCCUGUGAGGAGAGCGGCCAGCUGAUGGCCAGCCUGUUAGUCCAGAGGCCCUCUCAGCUCACUGUUCCCACUGUGAUGAGAAGCCUGGAGCCCUGCCCCGGUGCCCCUUUUGCUAUGCACCACAGUUCAUGGUGCUCUACACUGAUGGGUGCUACACGCGACAGGUGCUUCUUAGGCAAAACCAAUGUGUGCGAACCACCACAUCUGUGCCACUUGCCCACAAGGCGCGCCCACAAUUGGCUAGCUGGGCCUGCGCUUCAGACUGCCUGCCUCUGGGCUCUCCCCAUGGUCGCACGGGGACAGCUGGGUUGGUGCCCGGUAGCCCACCUUGUCUCUGGUGCUGCCAUCUGUCCUGGGUGUGCCUUCGCCCCAGUGCCUGCUGGAAGUGCCCUCCUCUCGCACACCUGUCCCCGUGCUUCCAUGAGCGACCUCUUGGUUUCAAGCACUCGUCCUGCCCUUCCGUGGCUGAAGCAUUUGCUUUGUACUUGCCCUCCCUUCUCCAUUCUGCUGGGGUUGCUUUGCUUGGGGUAAGUCAGUGACCUUGGGAGAGGCUGCAGAGCUCACGUUCUUUCAAAGGUGCCCUCUUCUUCCUCAAGGCCUGUCCCCAGGGUUCCUCCCUCAAAGGCCUGGAGUUGGGAGGACCAACCGGCAGCCCUUGGCUGGCCUCGGGUGUCAGUAACGGGGACAUCCCUGCAGCUUCCCCCUUUGAAGAAGUCAGUAUAGGUGUAGGCCAGCAGCAUCAUGCCUGUCUUUAGUUCCAGACCCUGGUAUGAGGGUGACCCUGAGGUGUCCUCAGCCCCUCCCUCCCUCCCUGCUAGUGAGACUUUUGCAAGGCUCCUUCCAAUUCGAGGUGGCCCUCCUGAGCUCCCCCAGUGCCUGCAAGGUGGGUGUAAAGUAAGUAACUGUUGCCCCCUGGGAUGAGGGCCCUGCAUGUCACAGCUCCCUGUAAUGUGUUGUGUCUAUUGCGUUUCUUGGUAACAUUAGAAUAGCGGGCAAGCUCAUUCCUUUGUGCCCUGUCUGUGUGAAGGGCGUGCUGAGACACGUCUCCUGGGAGGUGUGGAGCAGGCCGGGCCUACCCGGGUGUGCCUUGCUCUGCUCCAUCUCAGGAUUCCUUGGUGCUCACCACCCGGGCUACUGUUGGGCUGUGGUCUCAGCAUAGCUGCGGCCCUGUCACCAGCCCUGGCAGCCCUCACCAUAUCACAGGGUCCUGGCCACGAGAAGCACACGGUGGUCAUGCAGUGUGUGUACCUGGCUGUGCAAGUGUCAGGUGCUCAUCUAAGGGGCUGUUAGUCCCAUGACCUCUGUGGGAAAAUUGGACACAACUCCUGCUUGUCUGGGGUGGUGUCCAUACCUGCUCACAGCUGACCCUGGGAAAAUGCCAGCCACUAAGUGGCAGUGUGUCCUGUGGUUUUUGUGAGUCACUGAAAGCCUGUGUCAGUAACAACCCAGGGCCUUCCACCUUUGUUGGUCAGGGAGAGGAAGGUAGCCUGAGGCACUCUGACUGCGCCUCCUUCACCUCUUAGGGAUAGACAGAGCCAACCGAGGCCACGCAUGCAGGCCACAUGUAAGAGAGGGAUGGGUGAGACUGAAUGAGUGUAACACGCUGAGUGUGAGCUGAGCUCACGUGGGAGAGCAGAGCCCACGCCCAGCAUUCCAAGAAGCAAAGGGCGUUGAGGAGUGCGCAUCCCAGUCCACAUCCAUCCUCCUCUCCUAAAGUAGCCUGUGCACAACUGGCACCAUGCCCCUAAGACAGCACAACAGUCAGACAGCACAGCCAUCAGCUGAGGGAGGUAUCUGCUUACAGCCACUGUCCGCCUCCUUUCUUUCUCCGUCCGCUCUUUUCUCAUUUACUCCAAGGACUGGGACUCCAGGGAGCCUGUGCCAGAAGCACUGUGGCUCUGCUUCCUGGGCAGCCUCCAGCAGGACCUUCAGACCCACCUCCACCAGAUCCCCUUUGAAAUGACUUCCAUCUGACUAUGUGUGGUCAGCCUCAUGAGAACCUAGUGGUCAGACACAGCCCCCUGUGGAUAGCUAGCCACCUUCCCAUACCUCUUUAGUCAGCCCCAGUACCACCAGGAGUUGGGAUCUCACGCCUGCUAUCUUGGGCCUGACAUUGACUGAACAGUAUAUAUAGCAGUCACCCAUGGCAACCAGCGGACAGCAUCCAGCAAAGACAAGGACGUCUGGGCAUACCAAGCAACAGGGUCCUGGGUGGGCCACUCCUGCCAGCCCAAGAGGAGACCAGGAGUAGUGCCAGGGCCAACAGCAUGACCCUUGCUGCCCCCUCUCCCUGCACACUGCCAAGCAUUGCAGGGACUGCACUUUGUACCUGGCCAAGACAUUUCCCCCACACACACAGGUGACAGGGUGGGUCAGUCCCUCCCCUCCCAUACGUCCCUCAGCAUGGGACCAUCAGUGAGUGGAGAAGGGCUUGGUGGAGUUUAGGGUCUAUUUUUUACUUUCAAUCCAGCCCUUUACUGGCUAGACUGCAGGAGAGCUAGUGUGGGCGUCAUGCCAUUGUGUUCUGAGUGUGUGUGUAUGUGACAAAUGAAGGUCUGACCCUCAAAUCUUCUCCGACUAAGAUUCUGUCUUCUGUUUGCAAAUCCAUAGCAGCUGUUCUCUCCAAACUAGAACGCGCCCACAGGGGUCUGAUCAGGUGAGGUGAUCAUUGAUUGGCAAGUAACCCAACCGUUGUCAACUCUCCCACCCCAGCUACUGCUGCUAGCCAUGAGUACUGUGGCAUCCAGGAGCUGGGUUAACAGGGACAGUAAAAAGAGGCCAGAAGCCCAUCCCCAAAACCUGGACAUAUCCUAGCCUGUUGUCUGCUUGGGCACCAUUACUAGGUAGGCAGGUAAGGCAGUGACCCAUACCAAAGCCAGCCCUACAGCUAAGCAGGCCCCAGCACCCAAGCCGAGUGUAUGAUCCAUUUCUCUCACCACACCACAUCUGGAGUCUUUCUUGUGAGCUCACUGUGGAAAGGAGAUUACAAGCCCAAGGUCACUGUACCACUCCAUAGUCAGUGGUGACUAGAGUACACCCUUAGUCCCCUUAGUCAACUAAGAUAACCUUCAAAGGCAAAUAAUGACCUAAUUGGAAAACACAAAAGCCGGCCUUCCUUCCAGGGAUCCCCUAAGAAUCUGUGGGCACUCUGACUGAGGAAGUUGGGGUCAGUGCAAACAGCUGCAGACUGUUCUAGAGUUCCGUUUUUUCUCUGAUGGCACAUCUCUUAUGUUCAGUUCUAUUACCCAAAAAAACAAAGACCAAAGAAGGCCAAUCUCUCAUUUGACCGUAUUUUUAAUCUGCUUGUUUUGACACAUGCCGUCUGUAGUAACCGCUCGCUGUGAGGCCCCAUCUUGACAGUCCAAGUGAUCGUGACCAGUGAUUAGCGUCCCGUGUUCUAAUGCUCUUCUAAGAAACUGAGACAGUGUGAGUUAUUGCUCAGCAAUAAUCGUGUCACCAGGAGUUAGCAGCACGCCUCAUCUCCUGAUAGCAUUAUGAUGUUUUGUAUUCUGUUUACUGUGUGUUACAUGUGGUUUCAUUUGGUAUUUAUUUGUGUUUUGAGGUCUUGCGAUGUUCUGUUCUGCUGCUAAUAAUAAAGUUUGUAAGACUGUAGAAUGCAAAAUUUUGUAAUGCUAAAGUGUCUAUUAGAGGAAAAUAAAGCUGAUUUAAGAGUCC